CAGAAAGAAGAAGCUAUGGCUGCAGUGAUAUUGGAGAGCAUCUUUCUGAAGCGAUCCCAGCAGAAAAAGAAAACAUCACCUUUAAACUUCAAGAAGCGCCUCUUUCUCCUGACCGUGCAAAAACUUUCCUACUAUGAGUAUGACUUUGAACGUGGGAGAAGAGGCAGUAAGAAGGGUUCAAUAGAUGUUGAGAAGAUCACCUGUGUUGAAACAGUGGUUCCUGAGAAAAAUCCUCCCCCCGAAAGACAGAUUCCGAGAAGGGGAGAAGAGUGCAGUGAAAUGGAGCAGAUUUCAAUUAUUGAAAGGUUCCCUUACCCCUUCCAGGUUGUAUAUGAUGAAGGGCCUCUCUAUGUCUUCUCCCCAACUGAAGAACUGAGGAAGCGUUGGAUUCACCAGCUCAAAAAUGUAAUCCGGUACAACAGUGAUCUGGUACAGAAAUACCACCCUUGCUUCUGGAUCGAUGGGCAGUAUCUCUGCUGCUCUCAGACAGCCAAAAAUGCUAUGGGCUGCCAAAUUUUGGAGAACAGGAAUGGAAGCUUAAAACCUGGGAGUUCGCACAGAAAGACAAAAAAGCCUCUUCCUCCCACGCCUGAGGAGGACCAGAUCUUAAAAAAGCCACUGCCCCCUGAGCCAACAGCAGCACCUGUCUCCACAAGUGAGCUGAAAAAAGUUGUAGCCCUUUAUGACUACAUGCCAAUGAAUGCAAAUGAUCUACAGCUGCGGAAGGGUGACGAGUAUUUUAUCCUGGAGGAGAGCAACUUACCCUGGUGGCGAGCCCAGGAUAAAAAUGGGCAGGAAGGCUACAUCCCUAGUAACUAUGUAACCGAGGCAGAGGACUCCAUAGAAAUGUAUGAGUGGUAUUCCAAACACAUGACUCGGAGUCAAGCUGAGCAACUGCUAAAGCAAGAGGGGAAAGAAGGAGGCUUCAUUGUUAGAGACUCCAGCAAAGCUGGAAAAUAUACAGUGUCUGUGUUUGCCAAAUCUACAGGGGAACCUCAAGGGGUGAUACGCCAUUAUGUUGUGUGUUCCACACCUCAGAGCCAGUAUUACCUGGCUGAGAAGCACCUUUUCAGCACCAUCCCUGAGCUCAUUAACUACCAUCAGCAUAACUCUGCAGGACUCAUAUCUAGGCUCAAAUAUCCAGUGUCUCAACAAAACAAGAAUGCACCUUCCACUGCAGGCCUUGGCUAUGGAUCAUGGGAAAUUGAUCCAAAGGACCUGACCUUCUUGAAGGAGCUGGGGACUGGACAAUUUGGAGUAGUGAAGUAUGGGAAAUGGAGGGGCCAGUAUGACGUGGCCGUCAAGAUGAUCAAAGAAGGCUCCAUGUCUGAGGAUGAGUUCAUUGAAGAAGCCAAAGUCAUGAUGAAUCUGUCCCAUGAGAAACUGGUGCAGUUGUACGGCGUCUGCACUAAACAGCGCCCCAUCUUCAUCAUCACUGAGUACAUGGCCAAUGGCUGCCUCCUGAACUACCUGAGGGAGAUGCGCCACCGCUUCCAGACUCAGCAGCUGCUGGAGAUGUGCAAGGAUGUCUGUGAAGCCAUGGAAUACCUGGAGUCAAAGCAGUUCCUCCACCGAGACCUGGCGGCCCGAAACUGUUUGGUAAACGAUCAAGGAGUUGUUAAAGUAUCUGACUUCGGCCUGUCCAGGUAUGUUCUGGAUGAUGAAUACACAAGCUCAGUAGGCUCCAAAUUUCCAGUCCGGUGGUCUCCACCAGAAGUUCUUAUGUAUAGCAAGUUCAGCAGCAAAUCUGACAUUUGGGCUUUUGGGGUGCUGAUGUGGGAAAUUUACUCUCUGGGGAAGAUGCCAUAUGAAAGAUUUACUAACAGUGAAACAGCUGAACACAUUGCCCAAGGCCUACGUCUCUACCGGCCUCAUCUUGCUUCCGAGAGGGUAUAUACCAUAAUGUACAGCUGCUGGCAUGAGAAAGCAGAUGAACGUCCCACCUUCAAAAUUCUUCUGAGCAACAUUCUAGAUGUCAUGGAUGAAGAAUCCUGAGCUCACCAAUAAGCUUCUUGGUCCUACUCCUCUACUCCACAAGCCCCAAUUUCACUUUCUUUGAGGAAAUCCCAGGCUUACAGGCCCUGGAGCCUUUGUGCUCUUGCUGAAUACACAAAGGCCCCUCUCCACAUCUAGGAAUGCCUUUCUAUCUCUUCCCUUGGAUAGUACCUUCUGAGCAAAGGCCAAGGAAUUAUUGUGCCUGGUAUUUUCCCCCAGAGAGGAAAUUUCCCAAGAGUAUUAAAACAGACUGAAUUUGGGAUGGAAACAUUUUUGGGGAGGGAGGGAAUGUAAAUAGCCUCACAAUGGGUCCAACUGCUCUUUGGGUAGGCAAUAGAGCUUGCGGGGAGGGAGGUAGAAUUUGGCAGGAAUAAAAUGGUGUCAUAAAA